AGGACAAAAAGUGUCGAAGACUUCGAUAGAUGUCUUGUAUAACGGCGAAACAAAAUUUCAGGGCCAUAAACCUUUCUCCAAGUUUAUUUUUCUCAGAAAAGGCAGAUUCGGAACAGAACAACCAGGGUAGAGGAAGUGGCAAGAACAUACUGUUGAACUUCUGGAGAGGCAGGCGGGGACGAUUCCCUCCUCUUCAGCAUUGUGAUGCUGUGUUGGUGUGUGUGAUACAUCAACAGUUUUUGUGUCAAGGAGUGGGCUGCACUCAUUCUACUACAGGAAUUUAAAAAUGAUUGAACAGACUGUAGUGAAGUGGAGAAAUUCAGCUUCUGCUGAUGAAUCCUGUGCCCUGUAAUGGGUUCACCCAAGGAGUGUCAACCUUAAGGAAAGGAGUCAGAGACUUGCUAUAUAAUUAAAAACAACAAGAAAACAAACAAAACCAACCCAAAACUAACAAACCAACCAACCCACAAAAAAAACCCACACCAAAAACUCGUGUCUGCACAAAUACAAAUCGAUCUAAGGAUUGAUGCACAGAGCUGAUGAUGAAUUGCCUGUGGUUUUGGGGAGGCUAACUCUUUUGCAUUUGGUUACAUUGGAAACCUCAUGUUACUGCUCAUAAGAAGUAAAAUCAGAGAAUGUGAGUUACUCCAUGUGCCUAAAAAUCACAGCGGCAGCAGGAAAAAUACAUAAGCUUGUCUUGGAAGCUUCAGCUGUGUCUUAUUGUGUGCACUGGAAACUAAGAGAAACAGAAACCAAUCUGGGGGAAAAUGCCAGCUAAAGGUAAAUACUUCUUCAACGAAAAUGAUGACUGCAGGAUAUUGGACCCGCUCUAUGAGAAGUACCGCUACACAAGCCAGCAGCACCCACUCCUGCUUCUACUGCUCUUCAUUGCAAUAUUUUUCUGGACUACUCUAAUUAUAAUAUUUUUUGUUGUUGAUGAAGCACAUGAUCAUCUUGCCUUCAUUACUGCAGUAUGUGCUGCUCUUGUCAUAUUUGCAGUGAUGUAUUUACUUUUAUGCAUUGAAUCCCUGUUUCGGAGAUGGCUAACGUUAUUUGGAGUUGCGAUCUGGAUUUGCUUCUUAAUCAUAGGAUAUGUAUCUCUUUUUGAAAAAGAUGAUGAUUAUCAGCUGUGGGAGCAGGUACCAUUCUUUCUAUUCAUAAUCUUCACAGUUUAUACCAUGCUACCCUUUGGGAUGAAAGGUGCUGUCAUAGUUAGUGUUCUUUCUGCUCUCUCCCAUAUUACUGUUCUAAGCAUUGUGGUAAGCAUCACUUCUCAGAAAAAGAAGGAAUGCAUUCUGUUUCAGCUACUUGCCAAUGCUGUCAUUUUUCUUUGUGGUAACUUGAUGGGGGCGUUUCACAAACGCCAAAUGCAAGUUGCUUCGUGGGAUUUGUAUAGAUAUACAUUAAAGUGCAUUCAGGUCCGAAUGAAACUGAAGAUUGAAAAGAGGCAACAAGAAAAUUUGCUGUUAUCUAUCCUGCCAGCUCAUAUCUCUAUGGAAAUGAAGCUAGCAAUCAUAGAGCGACUAAAGGAAACUAACGAUAAUAGGCAAAUGCAUGACAACAACUUCCACAGCCUUUAUGUAAAAAGGCACCAAAAUGUUAGCAUUCUUUACGCAGACAUUGUAGGAUUUACUCGCCUUGCCAGUGACUGCUCUCCUAAGGAACUAGUAGUGAUGCUGAAUGAGCUUUUUGGAAAAUUUGAUCAGAUUGCUAAGGAGAAUGAAUGCAUGAGAAUAAAAAUCCUUGGAGACUGUUACUACUGUGUCUCGGGCCUACCUGUGUCCUUACCAGUUCAUGCCAGGAACUGUGUUAAAAUGGGACUCGACAUGUGUGAAGCAAUAAAGCAGGUGCGAGAAGCCACGGGAGUGGACAUCAACAUGAGGGUUGGUAUUCAUUCUGGGAAUGUGCUGUGCGGAGUGAUCGGCCUCCGGAAGUGGCAGUAUGAUGUCUGGUCACACGAUGUGUCCUUAGCGAACCGCAUGGAGUCUGCCGGCGUACCUGGCCGUGUACACAUCACUGAAGCAACGUUAAAUCAUCUAGGGAAAGCUUAUGAAGUAGAAGAAGGAAAUGGACACCUGAGGGAUCCUUACCUUGAAUCCAUGAAUAUCAAAACCUAUUUAGUGGUUGAUCCAAGGUCCAAACAAUGCACAUCAAAUAAUCAUCUCCCCAAAACAAGAGUUAACGACGGGCUGAAGAUGCGAGCAUCUGUGCGGAUGACGCGUUACCUAGAGUCCUGGGGAGCAGCCAGGCCCUUUGCCCACCUGAACCACAGAGAAAGUGUGAGCAGUGAGUCUUCAAGCUCACAAGGAAGGCGAAGAAAGGAAAUACCUUUGUGUUCCACGGGGCGCCAGAGAGCUGCUGACAGAAACUCCUCUCAGAAGGGAAGGAUAGAGGAAGAUUCUUAUGAUGAAAUGAUGUCAACUAUUGAGGGCCUCAGUUCAACAAAUCCCUGGUGUGGCAAAUCAGAUGACUUCUGUGGAUUUUCACUGAUCUUUGCAGAUCCUGCUCUUGAGAAAGAGUAUCGCACCAUUCCUAUUUUGAAACUGAAGAGUUACUUUGUCUGUGCCAGUUUUGUGUUCCUCUGUAUAUUCUUGAUACAGAUGCUUAUAAUGCCAACAACUGUAAAACUAGGAAUUUCCUUUGGCAUUGUUGCAGUCAUCAUUGUCCUUGUUCUGUUUGUGUGCUUUGCUGAGAAAUGCAUGAAGAGCUGCUCUGAACAGUGGCCUUUCCUGCGCCAUCUUUGUGCCAUCUCACAGAAUGUGGAAACGAUGCCUUUACUUAGGCUUCCUUUAGCAGUCAUCACUAUAGGUGCCUUGCUGAUUAUAGCCAUUUUUAAUUUGCCUACUGAAAAGAACAAACCUGCAAACUCUACUGGACUCAAUGACCUGUGUGGUACCACCUAUCCCUUUGGAAACACAACUCAAUCCUUUGUUGAGGAAACCUAUUACACCUACUGCUGCAUACUGGGGUUCAUCGCUUGCUCGGUGUUUCUUCAAAUGAGCUUCGAACUCAAAGUUCUCCUCCUGUCCAUCGCUGUGACUGUUUACCUCAUUGUUUUUAAUACCCUGCAGUAUAGGAACUUGAGCUUCAGUGGCAACAAUACCAGGCUUUUCAUCAAAGAUCCAAGGAUUAUGACUAACUUAUAUCUGGUUCUGUUUUACAUAACCCUAAUUUUACUUGCAAAACAGAUUGAUUAUUACUGUCGACUGGAUUGUCUGUGGAAAAAUAAGUUCAAAAAAGAGCAUGAACAGUUUGAAACCAUGGAGAACGUUAACAGGCUUUUGUUGGAAAAUGUACUUCCAGCACAUGUUGCUGCCCAUUUCAUUGGUGAAAAACGAAAUGAGGACUGGUACCAUCAAUCUUACGACUGUGUCUGUGUCAUGUUUGCAUCAGUGCCAGAUUUUAAGGUGUUUUAUACUGAAUGUGAUGUCAAUAAAGAAGGCCUGGAAUGCUUGCGGCUGCUGAAUGAAAUAAUUGCUGAUUUUGAUGAGCUCUUGUUAAAACCUAAAUUUAGUGGUGUUGAGAAGAUAAAAACCAUUGGAAGCACUUAUAUGGCAGCAGCUGGUCUCAGCGUUACACCAGGCCAAGAGAACAACCAGGACAAGGAAAGACAGCAUGCUCACAUUGGGAUUAUGGUGGAAUAUGGAAUUGCCUUGAUGAGUAAACUGGAUGGUAUCAACCGACAUUCCUUUAACAAUUUCCGCUUACGCGUCGGGAUAAAUCAUGGCCCUGUGAUUGCUGGUGUGAUUGGUGCCCGGAAACCUCAGUAUGAUAUUUGGGGCAACACUGUUAAUGUUGCUAGCCGAAUGGAGAGCACAGGGGAGCUGGGGAAAAUCCAGGUCACAGAGGAAACAAGUAAAAUACUACAGGAGUUGGGCUAUUCAUGCGAGUGCAGGGGACUCAUUAAUGUCAAAGGCAAGGGAGAACUGAGGACUUACUUUGUUUGCACUGAAACUGCCAAAUUCCAAGGUAUGGGACUGAACUGAGGCUGCCAUGAAAUUAAUCAAAAUAGAACUUCCUCCCUUCUGUGAAGACUUUGAAUUUCCCUCCUUAUGUGAAGGACUUUAUUCUGAAAACACAUGUGUGCUUCUAUUUCUUCUGCAUCUCAAGAGAAUUGCCUUCGGGGUUUUUUUGAAAGAAGUUCUGAAAAGUACCCAGCAGACACAACUACCAAUCUGAAAAAGACUUCCUCUUCCUGAAAUAAUCUGAGGAUUUUCCUGGAACUGCCAUGAAGCAUUGUUGGUUAGUUCCUUUUCUUAUCUGCACUGUGGGAGCCUUAAUAGCUCUGUUACCCAUGCAGGCAGAUGCACUGCAGAACUCCUCAGCAUGUUAAACCACUCCACUGAGUUGUUCCCUGACACACACCUGCUCACAGCAUUGCCUUUGUCACAGAUAUGCCAGGGGAUGCUCUGAACAUUGCAUCUCCUGCUUUUAAUGCUAAACAGACUUCACAGCAGAAGGCGGAUGAAAAAUGGAAAGAGGAAUGCAAGUGAACUCCAGUAUAUUGUGUGGUAAUUGUGCUGAGCUCCUCUGCCAAAAAAAAAA